AUGUGUCGCUCUCAGGAGCUCAGUGAAUUCAAGUGUGGUACCAUGAUAGGUUUCCACCUGUGCAAUAAGUUUAUACGUGAAAUUUUCUUGCUACUAAAUAUUCCAUGGCCAACUGUUAGUGGUAUUAUAACAAAGUGGAAGCAACUGGGAAAAACAGGAAAGUCGCCAACUGUCUGCAGAGUCAAUAGCUGAAGACCUCCAAACUUUAAACUUAUCUGUUCCAGUGAAGGGAACUCUUAAGGCAUCAGCAUACCAAGACAUUUUGGACAAUUUCAUGCUCUCAACUUUGUGGGAACAGUUUGGGGAUGGCCCUUUC